AGGCCAAGAUGGACUUCGUGGCCCCGAACUUGUGCGCCCUGAUCGGGCGGCGGAUUGGCGCACGACUCAUCUCGCACGCGGGGAGCCUGACCAACCUGGCGAAGUACCCCGCCUCGACGGUGCAGAUCCUGGGUGCUGAGAAGGCCCUAUUCCGCGCCCUCAAGACGAAGGGCAACACGCCGAAGUAUGGUCUCAUCUUCCACUCCUCGUUCAUCGGCCGCGCGCAGCAGAAGAACAAGGAGAGAGGAAGGAUAUCCCGCUAUCUUGCGAACAAGUGUUCCAUGGCGUCGCGGAUCGACUGCUUCUCCGACGAGGCCACCACCGUAUACGGGGAGAAGCUCCGGGACCAGGUGGAGGAGAGGCUCGCUUUCCUGACGGAGGGCACCAAGCCGAGAAAGAACAUCGAGGUGAUGCAGGAAGCCAUCAAGGAGGUCAAGAAGAGGAGAAAGAAGAAGUCCAAGAAGAAGGAGGCUGCCGACGCAGCAGCGGGUGAGGGCGAGGAGGUCGCCGAGGGCGUCGUGGAGAAGCCCAAAAAGAAAAAGAAAAAGGCCGAGGAGGAGGUCCCAGAGGACGUCCCUGCCGAGGAGGCCCCCAAGAAGAAGAAGAAAAAGAAGGCGGCCGAGUGAGCGCUGCCCGCGCCGAUCUGGUUUCAAUUGGGCCCCCGUGGCCUUCUGGGCCUCCGUGCUCCUGGCCCCUGCGCUUUCGACUACCGCAGACUUCGGCCCCCCAUCCCUGAUGUUUUGGGCCCUCCUAGCUGAGGUCGCCUCCCAAGGGGUUAGGGGGCACUUUUAUUCCUUAUCGACAGGGGCUCUCGCAGAGCAAGGCUUGUUGUUUAUGCCGUUUUUCUUCUAGACUCGAGCGCUUGUCUGGCGUGGCCAGCUCCAGCGAGGCAAGGCACCCGACUGAGGCGGCAUUUGGGCCGAACUGCUUCAGCGGCCAGGCCCCGAGCUCCCACGCGCCGGCCCUGUCACAACGGUAGACGCCCUCACGCAAGCCAGCUGGAGCACGCGUGAUUCAGGCGUUCGCGUCGCUUCGCGUCGCGUCGCGUCGCUUCGCGUCGCUUCGCUUCGCUGGCGUGGCCAGCUUCACGGCCUGAGGGGGCGUUCCCCCCCCACCCCCCGCCAUACGAAGGUCGCCUCGCCAGGACAGCUGCACAAGGCUUUUUGGACAAUUCGGAACGUUUUGGACGGCCUGGCGAGUUCCGGGGGGAUCCUGAGAGGUCCUCCUCCGCCGCGACCACCGUGGUGGUGACACACCUCGCCAUCGCCG